CCCCGCCCCGCGCUCCCCCGGCCGGACAUGGCUCUGCGGCCGCUUCUCCUCAUCGCUGCCGCGCUGGCGGCGGCCACCGCGCCCGCCGCCUCCUUCUACCUGCCGGGCCUGGCGCCCGUCAACUUCUGCGAGGCCGGCAAGGAGAAGCCUGAGUGCAAGUCUGGAAUCGAGCUGUUUGUGAACAGGCUUGACUCAGUGGAGUCUGUGCUCCCCUACGAAUACACUGCGUUUGACUUUUGUCAAGCAGAAGGAAAGAAGCGUCCAUCUGAAAACCUUGGCCAAGUCUUGUUUGGGGAGAGGAUAGAGCCAUCUCCUUACAGGUUCACAUUCAACAAGAAGGAGACCUGUAAAACUGUUUGUACAAAAACAUAUGAUACCACAAAGCCAGAAGACAAACAGAAAUUAGACUUUUUGAAAAAAAGUAUGCUACUGAAUUAUCAACAUCACUGGAUUGUGGACAACAUGCCUGUGACAUGGUGUUACGAUGUGGAAGAUGGCCAGAGGUUCUGUAAUCCUGGUUUUCCUAUUGGCUGUUACAUUACAGAAGAUGGCCGUCCAAAAGAUGCCUGUGUUAUUAAUUCAGAAUUUCAUGAAAAGGAUACCUUUUAUAUUUUCAACCAUGUUGACAUAAAAAUUUAUUACCAUGUUGUGGAGAAUGAAGCUCUGGGAGCAAGACUGGUUGCUGCUAAACUUGAACCAAAAAGUUACAAGCAUACUCACCCAGACAACCCCGACUGCUCAGGAGUGCCCAUGGAUAUAAGUAAUAAGGCCAGUGGAGAAGUCAAAAUUGCUUACACAUACUCAGUUACUUUUCAUGAAGAAAAAAAUAUCAGGUGGGCAUCAAGAUGGGAUUAUAUUUUGGAAUCCAUGCCUCACACUCACAUCCAGUGGUUUAGUAUUAUGAAUUCCCUGGUGAUUGUCCUCUUUCUGUCUGGAAUGGUAGCUAUGAUUAUGUUGAGGACACUCCAUAAAGAUAUUGCAAGAUACAAUCAAAUGGAUUCCACUGAAGACGCUCAAGAAGAAUUUGGCUGGAAACUGGUUCAUGGUGAUAUUUUCAGGCCCCCGAGAAAAGGAAUGCUGUUGUCAGUUUUUCUAGGCUCUGGCACACAAAUCUUAAUAAUGACUUUUGUUACCCUGUUUUUUGCUUGCCUGGGAUUUUUGUCACCUGCUAACAGGGGAGCUCUGAUGACCUGUGCUGUAGUUCUGUGGGUGCUGCUUGGAACUCCAGCCGGUUAUGUUGCUGCCAGAUUCUACAAAUCAUUUGGAGGUGAGAAAUGGAAAACAAAUGUCCUGCUGACAUCAUUCCUUUGUCCUGGAAUUGUAUUUGCGGAUUUUUUUAUCAUGAACCUCAUUCUCUGGGGAGAAGGCUCUUCAGCAGCUAUUCCGUUCGGUACCUUGGUUGCUAUUUUGGCACUCUGGUUUUGCAUAUCUGUACCACUGACAUUUAUUGGUGCCUAUUUUGGGUUUAAGAAAAACGCUAUUGAACACCCUGUUCGCACAAAUCAAAUUCCACGUCAGAUUCCUGAGCAAUCGUUCUAUACAAAGCCAUUACCUGGUAUUAUCAUGGGAGGGAUUCUUCCUUUUGGAUGUAUCUUUAUACAGUUGUUCUUCAUUCUCAAUAGUAUUUGGUCCCACCAGAUGUAUUACAUGUUUGGCUUCCUGUUUCUGGUAUUCAUUAUUUUGGUUAUUACAUGUUCUGAGGCUACAAUAUUGCUCUGCUACUUCCAUCUAUGUGCAGAGGACUAUCACUGGCAGUGGCGUUCAUUUCUCACUAGCGGCUUCACUGCAGUUUAUUUCCUAAUAUAUGCAAUACAUUAUUUCUUUUCUAAACUGCAAAUCACAGGAACAGCUAGCACCAUUUUAUACUUUGGUUAUACCAUGAUUAUGGUUUUGAUCUUUUUCCUUUUCACAGGGACAAUUGGAUUCUUUGCAUGCUUUUGGUUUGUAACCAAAAUAUACAGCGUGGUGAAAGUCGACUGAAGAAACCGAUGUAAAGAGUUAACACAGAAGAGGCUUAAUCUUCAUUAACCUAACUUAAAAACCUGGUCUCGUUGAUGAACUUGAGCUUUAUCAGAAGUAUUGGCUACCUGUUCUUUGAGAAUGAUACUGAAAUGCACCUACUUUUCCACUAACACGUUUGUAUUGUGACUUAACAAGCUGUUUUCAUUCAAAUCUUAAUGAAGAUCAGAGUUACAAUAUUUAUGCAUUUGUAAAUACAACUAUACUUUGAAAGAAAUGUUAAAUUCUAAUGGCAGAAUAGAAGUGGCUGUAUUACACAACUUAAUGAUACUUCUGAUCAAAGUACAACUGUAAAUAGGUUUUUCUAGCUUGGUAGGUGGGAUGAUUUAUUUUUCUUUGAGGGAAAUGAGAACUUUUUAUUAUGCUAACUUUGAAGGAUGACUCUUUAAGAGGUGUUGCUUUUAGUCUGGAUGUGAUUUUUAUUUUUUACUGGUGUUACGUCCAUAAAUAUUCUGAUUUCUGUGACUUAAUUAGUUUUGGUGUUCUUGGCCUUUCAAACUAUGUGCCUCUGAGUCCUUGAAUUUAUAAAUUCAUAAUCCAAUAAACGUUGUAAAAAUGUC